GUAUUUGUAGUGAUAAUGAGACCUGCGAGCGGACGACAAACGUGCGAUUGCUGCGGAAAUUUCGGAAAUGCGGAAUUCAAAAAAAUCACAGUAUUGAAAGACGCUGGUAUCGCUCUUUACCGAUAUUUGCCACAAACGGAGGAUGAAGCACAAAUAGGCACUGAAACUGAAGAAGUUCUUGUUCUUCAGAACACUCGAGCCGUAGACCUGAAAAUAGAAGCAUUGACUGCGGAAGCAGGGAAGAAAACAAUCAGCUGCCCGCGGUGUAUAAAAAUGAUUGAACGUGCAAAAAGUUUGUUUAAGGAUUUUCCGCCCGCUAAAAUUCUAGAAGUAGCAGGCGUCUGCGACCAUUGCUAUCAAAAAGAAUUAUUUCCCUGUCCCUGUUGCGACAAAGUCGUUAAUAAAUUUUUAAAGUUCAGUUUAGAAGAGGAACGUAAAACACAAGAGCAACAACAAUAUAAGUCGUGGCUUUCUAAAACUCAACUAUUGUUUAAAAAAUCUGUGUCAAAUAUAAAAGAUGGUAAGCUAGAAUCUCAAGCGCCUGUGUCCAGAUAUAUUCCCACUAUGAGGCCAGGUCAAGAAUCUGCUCCUUUUGCAAUUUAUGAUAAACCCAGGUUCAAAAAUGAACGUGAACUAAUUCAUGAACAAAAGCAAGUUAUAGAAAAGCCGACAAGAGUCCUUUCUUUUCUUGACUUUUCCGAAGAAGAAAAACAAAGAGUCAAAGGUGAAAGUGAACUUGACAGGGAAAAGAAGAAACGUCUAGCGGAAGAAAACGUAGCGAAGGCAUUAAAAUCAGUGUCGUUCGACGCUUUUCCAGGUUUGGAACCUACCCUAAUUAAGGUAAAAGAUAUUAAAGUUAAAUCACCGAUUGAAAAAGAUAAACCAUCUACACCGAUAAUGGAAGAACAUAUCAAAUCCCAACCAACAAUGGAACAAGAUAUCGAAACUACAACACUGAUGCAAAAAAUUAUCAUACCUAAACCAGAGAUUGAAAAAUACAGCCAACCAACACCAUUGACUGAAAAACAUACCAAACCUCAAUCAAAGAUGGAAAAAGAAGUCAAACUUAAGUCAAUAAUGAAGAAAGGGGCUGUUAAAAAACCACUUCAUGAUGUUUUUUCGGAAGAUGACACAACGUCCCAGCGAAAAAGGAAACUACAAGGUUCUCCUACGACAAGACUGUCUUUUGGAUCAAUUAUGAAGACCCUGAGUGAACCAAAUGUCAGUAACUUUAGUUAUACUUUUCCUCGUGACAAAAUUGUAACCACGAAGCAAUUGAAGGGUCAUGUUAGUUCUUCAGAACUAAUUAAAAGUACACAAGACAUGCUUGAUGAACGAAAAGAGACGGAAAGAAAGAAAAAGGAAGAAACGAGAAGGAAACGGGAAGAAGAAAAGAAACAAAAAACUGCAGAAAAGACAAGGCUAUUAGAGGAAGAAAGAAAAAAACGAGAGGAAGGGAGGCUAUUAGAGGAAGAAAGAAAAAAAGGAGAGGAAGGGGAGAAUAAAUCCGAGGAAAGAAUAGGCAAAGAGUCAGAGCAAUCAGCAAGAAGAAGGAAACAAGAUGACAUGGAAGCAAUGGAUGCUCUUAAAAAAGGACUUUCUAAACAAGAAAAGGAAUUGUCACAAGGAGAAAAAAUAAGAACACAACAAGAAAAAGAUAAAGCUUUUGGAGAUAAAAAAGCCAGGGAAGCUGAAAAGGCAAUAGAAGAAACGCGACAGCAACUAACAACAGAUAAGAAAAUACAACAUCCAGAAGCAAAACCUGGUGAAGAUGAAGAUAGAGUUAGAAAAGGAGAAAAAGAGAAAAAAAUUGAUCAAGGACAAGAGAAAAUUAAGCAAAGGGAUGAAAAGCAACAUGAUGCUGAAGCAACGUUAGCUUUAAAAGAACAAGUGGCUAAACAAGCGAAAGAUAAAUCAGAAGAAGAAAAAUUAAGAAAGCAACAAGAGAAGGACGCAGCACUGGGAGAAAAAAGAGCUCAAGAAGCCGAAAAAGCAUUAGAAGCCACACAAAAACAAUUAACUACAGAAAAAAAACAAGCAAAGCCACUAAUCGAAUUAAAGGUACCUGAUGAUAAAAAAGUAGGUAAUAAAACUGACAAAGAUGACACAGGGAAAGGUGAAAAAAUGGAAACAACUGCUAAAGACCAAAAAGCGAAAGGUGACGACAUGGCAGCACUUUUGAGAGAACAGCUUGCUAAGCAAAAGCAGCAGGAAUUAGAAAAAGAGAAAAUCAGAAAAGAACAAGAAAAAGAAAAAGAACUCCUUGCUAAGAAACUCAAAGAAUUAGAAAGUAAGAAAGAAGCGAAAGACGAGGCUGUGAAAAAAGUACCUGUUCUUGAAACUAAACAUGAAGAUUCGGUUGAUGAAAUAAUUUCUGACUUUACUGAGUUACCAAAGCAGGAUGAAGUGACGGAUAUUAUUUUAGGUCAGAAAAUAUAUAAGGUUAAAUGUGCUAAGAAAACCGAAGACAAAACACCGAUCUUAGAAUCAGAACAACCUCAGAAAUCGGGGCAACAUUCAGAGCAAAUAACUGCUAAACAGGAACCUGAAUUGCAUAAACAUUCAGAACUAUUACCGGAACCACAACAAGGAUUUACUCAGCAAAAACCUAGGCAGCCAACGCUCACGCAAUCCCAACAGAAGUCAUCGGCAAUUGGAGAUAAGAAGUCGAAGGCCUCCGACAACGAAGCUGCUAAAGGUGUAAUAAGGUAUACUUUAUCCGAUCGCACGUUCAUCGAAAAGGGCUGGACUAUGCUGCCCACGGAGAAAGUAGUUAGAAAGAUGAACGUAUAUCGCAUGAGGCCAGCCAAGCCUGAGUUCGACUGGUUUGAGCACAAUAAAAACAAAGGAGAGCUGACAUACGACUCCGGUGAAAAGUUAGCAGAGUUUGACGACAACGGGCGCGGUCGCUGGUACUACAGGACUGGUGAAUUAGCGCUGGAUUAUUACGACGCAGAAGAAACCAAUGCUGGCCAGAGAUUUGUUGUCUACAGCACCGGCCAACCCGACGAGCGGGGCCGAUCCAGACCAAGGACUCUUCUAGCAACCUUCGACUACUCAGGGAACGGCAUCGUGUUUGACCACACUGGCAAAAUACGGUUAAAGUAUAACCAAACCGAAGGAGUAGUUCUCGAUCGAACCAUAGGCCCCGUGUCUCAUUGGAAGUGGCACACCCUGAACGACCCCCCAGUCUUGCAGCAAGUCAUGAUAGAUACCCAAAUGCCAUAUAAAGAUCCCACUAUCCUAGCAAUGGGUGACAAACAUGCAGACGCUAAGCGACCAGACAAUGAGGAAAUGUUAGCCAUAGAGUUCGAAAACUUUCUGAAAGAGAAGCGUCAAAAGCUAACGCAAUCAUUCAAGCCGUUUCAAAUUAAAAUGAAAGCUAUGAAAAUAAAUGAAUAUUUUUCUCUUCGCGUCUUAGACCAAGCAUCGAUAUAUUUGUUGUUUAGAGAUGGUACUACAAAUUUGAAGCUGAAUAUUGGCAUGGUGUUGGAUCAUAAGGAAAUCGUAGACACGGAUACGGCGGAGAUAGGCGAAGUGUCGAAUACAUUGGAUAAGUUGCCGGCUUGUACGGACAGUAUAGCAGGAUUACAGAAGGCCGUGGCAAAGGCGCAAGCGCAAGAGCGAUUUCGUGUGCGCCACGAGUUACGUUUGAAACCUCCCCAGCCGUCCGCCAGUGCAGACGCGCUGCGCACCGGCUGCUCGCGCCCAUUGCGCACACCCAUCGUACAAGCUUCUUUAUCGUCAUGUGACAAAAUGACCCCUAAACGCUUUAAGCCGUCAUCGAGUUGCAAUUUGUAUUACAGUACACAACUUCUUUAAUUCAUG